GGUAGAAGGCAGAAAGAAGGCAGAAGGGUUUGACGAAAGAAGAUAUAGUGUUGUGUUAUAUUGGGAAAGAUGGUGUUGGGAAUCCUAGGAGGAAAGAGUCAUGAGAUAAAGGGGACAGUGGUGUUGAUGAGCAAGAAUGUGUUGGACUUCAAUGAGAUAGUUUCAACUGCUAAUGCUGGAGUUGCUGGUAUUGUUGGUGGGAUCUUUGGAACUGCAACCAAAGUAGUUGGAGGAAUAGCUGAUAGUGCCACCGCCGUCUUCAGCCGCAACAUUGCCGUACAGUUGAUCAGUGCCACCAAGACUGAUGGGCUUGGAAAUGGAAAGAUUGGAAAACUAACUUAUUUGAACAAGCAUAUUCCUACAUUACCAACCUUGGGAGAUAGACAAGAUGCAUUCAGUGUUAACAUAGAAUGGGAUGAGAGUUUUGGAAUUCCAGGAGCAUUUUACAUCAAAAACUUUAUGCAAGCUGAGUUUUUUCUUGUGAGUCUCACUCUUGAAGACAUUCCAAAUCAUGGAACCAUUCACUUUGUUUGCAACUCAUGGGUUUACAACGCAAAAAAUUACAAAAAGGACCGUAUUUUCUUUGCCAACAAGACUUAUGUUCCAAGUGAAACUCCAACUCCACUGGUUAAGUACAGAAAAGAAGAAUUGGAAAAUCUAAGAGGGGAUGGAACCGGGCAGCGUAAGGAAUCUGAUAGGAUAUAUGAUUAUGAUGUGUAUAAUGAUUUGGGCAACCCAGACUCGAGUGCAGAUCUAGCUCGUCCUGUUCUUGGAGGUUCCAGUGCCUAUCCAUACCCUCGCAGAGGAAGAACUGGCAGAAAAGCAACAAAACGAGACCCUAAGAGUGAGGCACCAACCAGCGACACUUACAUUCCGAGAGAUGAAAAUUUUGGUCAUUUGAAGUCAUCAGACUUUCUGACAUAUGGAAUAAAGUCCUUGGCUCAGAAUGUCUUACCUCAAUUUCAAUCUGCAUUUGGUUUAAAUGCGGAGUUUGAUAAGUUUGAUGAUGUUCGUGGACUCUUUGAAGGUGGACUUCAUCUUCCUACAGAUGUGAUCAGCCAACUUAGCCCCUUACCAGUGGUGAAGGAAUUUUUCCGCACUGAUGGUGAACAAGUCCUCAAGUUUCCACCACCCCAUGUCAUCAGAGUUAGUAAGUCUGCAUGGAUGACUGAUGAUGAAUUUGGAAGAGAGAUGCUUGCUGGUGUUAAUCCUUGCCUAAUUCAACGCCUUGAAGAGUUCCCUCCAAAGAGCAAGCUAGAUGCUUCUGUGUAUGGUGAUCAAACUAGCACAAUCACCAAAGAACAUUUGGAGAUCAACCUUGGUGGACUCACCGUGGACCAGGCUUUGAAUGGUAACCAAUUGUUCAUAUUAGAUCACCAUGAUGCAUUUUUGCCAUAUCUGAGGAAGAUCAAUGACCUACCCACUGCAAAGUCUUAUGCCACAAGGACAAUUCUUUACUUGAAAGAAGAUGGCACAUUGAAGCCUUUGGCUAUUGAAUUAAGUCUACCACACCCUAGGGGAGAUGAGUUUGGUGCUGUUAGCAGAGUUAUCCUACCAGCAGACCAAGGCGCUGAAAGCACAAUUUGGCUAUUGGCUAAGGCUUAUGUUGUUGUAAAUGACUCUUGCUAUCACCAACUCAUGAGCCACUGGUUAAAUACUCAUGCCACAAUUGAGCCAUUUGUCAUAGCAACAAAUAGGCAUCUCAGUGUGCUCCACCCUCUUUAUAAACUCUUGAUUCCUCACUAUCGUGACACCAUGAAUAUCAAUGCACUUGCACGACAAUCACUCAUCAAUGCAGGUGGUAUUAUUGAGCAAUCAUUUUUGCCCGGGCCAUUCUCUGUGGAGAUGUCUUCAGCAGUUUACAAAAGUUGGGUUUUCACUGAUCAGGCUCUUCCUGCUGAUCUUCUUAAGAGAGGAAUGGCAAUUGAGGAUCCAUCUUCUCCCCAUGGCCUUCGUCUUGUGAUAGAUGACUACCCUUAUGCUGUUGAUGGACUAGAGAUAUGGAGUGCUAUCCAGUCAUGGGUUAAAGACUAUGUCUCCAUUUACUAUGCCACAGAUGAUGCAAUUAAGAAAGACACAGAACUCCAAACUUGGUGGAAGGAAGCUGUUGAGAAGGGUCACGGUGACUUGAAAGAUAAGCCAUGGUGGCCUAAGUUGAACACUAUUCAAGAUCUGAUUAACAUUUCCAGCAUUAUCAUAUGGAUUGCUUCAGCUCUCCAUGCAGCUGUUAACUUUGGACAGUACCCUUAUGGAGGUUACAUCCUAAACCGUCCAACAUUAACCAGAAGAUUGCUCCCAGAGCCAGGAACCAAAGAAUAUGAUGAGCUGAGCAGCAAUCAUCAAAAGGCUUAUCUGAGAACAAUUACAGGAAAAUAUGAGGCCCUUGUGGAUCUUUCAGUGAUAGAGAUAUUGUCAAGACAUGCUUCUGAUGAGGUCUACCUUGGACAGAGGGACAAUCCAAAUUGGACUGAUGACACAAAGGCUCUUCAAGCCUUCCAAAAGUUUGGAAACAAGCUGAAGGAAAUUGAGAGUAAAAUCUCAGGAAGGAACAACAAUUCAAGUCUUAGAAACCGUGUUGGACCGGUUCAGUUGCCUUACACUGUGCUUCUUCCAACCAGUGAGGAAGGUCUCACUUUCAGAGGAAUUCCCAACAGCAUCUCUAUUUAAGGAAUGUUCGUGUGUGGUUUAAUUUCUGUUUAAUGCCAAAUAAUUAUGCUUCCUUGUCUCUGCAUAAAUGUGUUGUCUAUAUGCUUAUGUUAUGUGGUUUUCCAUUGAAUAAAAGUGGUAUCAUUUUGUGUUAA